AUGUCGAAAGAGGAAGAAGCAUCCGAAUCAAAUCCCUCAACAAGGGAGUCAUCAGAAGCCUCGGAAGCUCAACCGACUACCGGACCAUCCAAAUCAUCCAAAAAGCCCACAAAGGUCGCCAAACCCCGUCUUACACUAUUUCAAAAGAAUUUCAACCACAAGGAUGCCGAGAACAAGCGACGGAGCGCAAUCCGGGAACGCUUCUCGGAGCUGUCGCACAUGGUCCCUGGAGCGUUGGGCCAUGAGAGAAGUGAGCAAGUGAUGUUAGGCAAGACAGCAGGGUUUCUGAAGGAGAUGCUGAUGGAGCAACGCCGACUUGAGGCUAUGGCCGAUGACCGGGGCAUCCAGCUGGAUGAGGCGGGGAGGUUGCGGGACGAUGAUUUUGGCGGCCCACUAUGGCGGCCAAAGAACAUGGACCAGUACGAAGCUAGUAAGAAAAAGAAAUGUGCUCCUGCUGGUCCAAACGCAAAUCAAGGAGGAAAAGGCAAUGAAUGA